UUGGCUGUAAGCCGUUGCUAUGGCGACGCGCGCCUGCGCAUGAAGCAGUUACGCGGGUUGGUUCUUUGCUGGAAGCGGAGAGUAGACAUAGCAGUAGGAGUUCGUUCAGCGGUUUGCAGAGAACAAAUCCUGGACACAACAUUUUUUUCAGGCAAGAUGCCCCUAUUCGGGAACACAUUCAGCCCCAAAAAAGUGCCACCAAGGAAAUCGGCCUCCCUGUCUAAUCUGCACGCGCUGGAUCGGACAACUAAAGAAGUUGAAUUGGGUUUAGAUUAUGGUUCCCCAAGUAUCAACAUUGCAGGCCAGAGCUUAAAAUUUGAAAAUGGACACUGGAUCACUGAGUCAGGGGGCACUGGAUCACAGAGGGAGGUUCAAAGGCUGCGCAAGCGUAACCAGCAGCUUGAAGAAGAAAACAACCUGUUGCGUGUCAAAGUCGAACUCCUACUGGAUAUGCUUUCAGAAGCGGCAGCAGACUCCCACCUAAAGGAAAAAGAAAUGGAGGAAAUGAAAAAUCUUACUGGCAGAAGGAAAUAAAUUAUUGUGUUAGAGCUGGACUGACUGCAAUAGUGAGCAGGCACGUGGAGAUGAUUUACCGUUGAUUUGAAAGAUCAUCAGUGAUGUGCAGUGAGAAACACUUACCAAAAAGACCACUUCUAAAAGAGAAAGUCAUAUGACUUCUUUAAUCUGCAAGGCUUCAUUUUUGUAGAGAUUGUCCUGGAAAGUAAAUCAGCUUUAUAUUAUAAGAAGACGAAUGGAAAGAGCAAGUCAUAGCCCACAUAAGCAGAAAUGUCUUCCAAUGGAUCUUCUGUGGCUAACAGACAGGAAAUUCAAACAGAUGUGAUCAUAGGGCAAUUUAGCAUUCAAUGGACUAAAGACUAAUACACAAUUUGUUUUUUUUACCUUUACAGUCUGUUAUAAUUUUUUAUGAUGCUUUAUUUAUAUGAUGACUACAAAUUCCACAUAUUACACACACGCUAUAGUCUGUUUUAUUUGAAACUGCUUAAUGCUGUGCAGUAUAUAGAGCUGUGAUUUGGGUGUGGUCAUGGGGUAGCAUGGGGUAGCAAAAAGUUAGUAGUACAAAAACCAAGAAAGACUAUAAGUUACUCAGAACAGCGCACACUUUGCAUACUGUGCGUAAAGUCAUUGUCCAAUAGAAAGUUACACAUGGUCUAGAUAUGGUGUAUGUUUCUGAACAUACACCAGCGCUACAAAGGCAAUAGCCAUUAUCCUGCAAAUUUUACUUAUUACUACACCAGGGCACUGUUUGUGCUCUGGUGUAGUUCAUAAAUAAUGUAUUUUAAGUAUAAGCUUUGUAUGUAUUAACCCUUUUGGGUGCCAGGCUUUAGGCAGGAGCAAAAUGUCACCCACAUGCGAAGAGCCGACAUUAUGUUUCAUACUCUUUGGGUGGACCUUCUGGUUUACAGCCAUAACUGUAGUGCCUGGAACUUCACCCACAAAGAAUAGGAGAGGGUGGUAAAGACUUUGGAGACCUUGUUAUUACCUUCCAGAAAGAUAGAAUGUAAAUACAAUGGGAAAAAAUAUCAGACAAUAGUAAUUAUUUUAAUAAGUCCCAGUGGAGUUUGCAGUCCUUACCUUAUGUACACAGAUAUGAACACUCAGUGGUCAGAAGCCAGUUAACCCACCAGUAAGCUUAUGGACUGUGCUGAAAACUGCUCUUUGCAUUACGUACAUUGAUUUCUUUCAAAACCAAAGUUGUCUUUAAGUAUAAGUGAAUCUUCAUUACAAAUGAAUGAUUGGUUUAAUUUCAUUAUACUCCAGAUUUGACAGUCUUGUUUAGCUUUUCUGCAG